AUGGGACAGGAUGAAGGUGAGCAGUCGAAUAAAGAAGCAAGAUGUGAAAAUCCGGAUGAGGAUCCCCAAAAUGAGACGAAGACUACCACAGAUGAGUCCGAAGGAUCCCAAGAGCAGACGGAAGAUGGCAUCGGAUUACAAGUAGAAGAAGGUCCAUUUGAAAAGCACACUCUAAUUCAGAACCUUUUGCCAGAUCUUGAGUAUUCAUGUUUUGAAGCUUAUGAUGAAAAUAUAUAUCUAGGGACUAAGAACGGUGAUCUGCUGCAUUACUUUGAAAUUGAGCGGCAGAACUACAUGCUCGUAUCAAGAACUAAAUUCAACGAUGAGUCCAACAAACCUAUUAGAAAAAUCAUUUUAUUACCCCAGAUUGAGCGUGCAUUAGUUCUAUGUGAUGGUAUACUGGUGGUUUUUUUAUUACCUGAAUUUGCACCAGCUCCCAAUACCACGAAAUUAAAAGGAGUUUUGGAUAUUACACUACGUAAUUAUUCCAGUCAAUUUAAAUUUUACAGAUUUUAUGCGAUUAAAGAAGAAUCAGUUAAGAUGCUCAAGAUCUCGUCCCAAUCGAUAAGUACCGCCCAAAAUUUCGAUUUCAAGCUUAUAAGCAAGGCAUCAGCAAUUGAUUAUACGCUAAUGACAUCAAAAUUAAACAGUUACGAAAUAAUUAAUCUCAAGGAUUCUGCAGCCAUUCCACUUUUUCCGGUAAGUGAAACAGAUGCACCUUUGAAGCCCAUUAUAACGAAAUUUGGUGACAAUGAAUUUUUAGUAACCACAGGAGGUGGCUCUGAGGACGAUAAUUCAAUAGCAUUUGUGGUAACUUCUACAGGUGAAAUAUCCCAUGGAACAAUAGUACUAAGUAGAUACCCUAAAGACAUCGUAGUCGAAUAUCCAUACGUCGUGGUAAAUUUAAACUCAAAACAAAUUGAAGUGUUCAAGCUCUCACCAAAUGCUGAACCUCAAGUGGUUCAAAGAAUGUCACUUAAUAAUUCAGAUAUGGGACUUUGUCGCAGUUCAAAAGUUUUCAACAAUUUCGAACAGACUCAAACGAAGGGAAAGGUUGUGGAGAAGCUCAGGCUAGUACCGCUAUAUGAAGGGAACCAUCACUUUCGUAUUGAAAGUGAAGUCGCAUAUAUUAAUGAAAUUUUUGAAGAAGAAACUUCCUUGGUGGUUUAUGGUAAGUUCGGCAUUGAACUGUUGGUAAAACGUUCACCGAUUCUUGAUUUUGAACAACAUGGAGAAUCUGAAAUUGAUAAACUGGAAGACUACUUGGAUGAGACUAAAAGCUUAACAUUUUCCAAAUUACAACUAAUAGAGAGGAAUUAUGUGAUAACGAUGUUGUUACUAUUAAUCAUUUUGCAUGGCAAAUCUGUAAGUGAAGAAACUGCAGAAGGGUGGUGUUCAAGAGCAGAUAGGGUAGAUAUAAAACUUCUUUUUUAUUUGCUCGAUCUAACGAUAUAUGGGGAACUUUGGGUAUGCAAUGGUCUUACGAAAUUGAUCAAUCAGUUGAAAGCAUUAAAUUUGAUCAAUAAAUGUGACGAUGUGGUUAAACUCCUGAAACUGAUCAAAAAUAGAGUUCAAAAUUCCAAGCUCAGGAAGUCUAUUAAAGAUUAUAGCAACGUGAUUAAGAUGGCAGAUGUAAAUAUAUUACAGAGGCAGCUAAUGGAAGGUGGUGAUAAUAUUGACGUAGACAGCUUCGAAGAAAAUAGUCUGGAAGAUAUUACCACGAUAGUAGAAGAAAAGUCGGAAGACCAUUUAGAACUUCUCCUGAGCAUAUACCAAAGAAGAAGUAUGUUUCAAGAGCUAAUCAACCUAUUAAAAAAGAAGAAAGAUAUUAAGAGGAUUUUUCAGUUCCUAAAGAAAAACGCAACUGAAUUGCCGCCUAGGUAUAAGGCGGACAAUUUGGCAGAUGAUUUGAUUUUUAUUAUCAAUGAAACACCUCAGCCGGAGAAAUAUCUCAUCAGGGAAUUUUUGAAAAUACUAUCGUCCGCCGAAGUCGAUCCAGGUGAACUCUUGGGUAAAACUGGGAGUAAUACUAAAGUCAAAGUGUUUAUUAUUGAAGAAAUUGGACCGAGAAGUUCUGACGAUAAAGAGUUUUUGAUUAACUUUUACAUGGCUAAAUUACAAGAGGCUUUACAAGAAGGUAAUAUCUGGGAUGUUUUUGCGGGAUUUGCCGCUGAAUACACCCGGGAUAUGAAUUAUACAAAGUGCAGUAUUGCAGAAUUCUUAUUGAUCAAACUUCGGCAUAAUGAACAUUGCCAAAGUUUCACAGAAUGUUAUCAAAAUGUGAAGAACUUAUGCAUGCAGGACGAAGGUGACAGACUGCUGAGGUCAGUUAUCACCCAAGUGAAAUCAUUCGAUGUCAAUCACAUGUUGACUAUUUUAUUUAUUCCAGAGGAUGAGAUCAAAGAGGAAUUUUUAACGAGACAAGAUAUGUUUAAGGCUUUCUUGUCAUUUAACGAUUUUUUGGGGAUUGAGAAAUUUAUCAAUGAAGAUACAAUAUUAGAGGUACUUAGGCAUUACAAUACUUUACCUCGAGGUCCAGAUUCAUUAAAAUUAAUGGUCCAGCUUCUGAAGAGAAAUAUGUACUGCGUUCACGAUGAUGGAACUCUAGUCGCUCUCCUUAGAGAAAUUCCUCAAGAAUACUCCUUCAAACCACUUUUUGAAGUCAUAUACAGUGCAUUAAGAAGAAUAGACAAUUUGAAAAAAGAAUUGGAGUUACAAAAAGCAUUACUUAAGGAUGAAAAUGCUAUAAACAAGACAAUACUGACAGACAUAUCAAAAUAA